AUGGGGCCAAAUACCCUUUGCAAUGCUCGUGGAGUUCAAAAUAGAUCUGGUUGUCUCUUUCCAGAGGAUCGCCCGACAACAAGUCUUAUGAAGGAAAAAAGCUUGCAACAACAUAUAGGAACCAAGACAGCAAAUCCUAUGAAGGAAAAAAGCUUGCAGCAACCUGUGGGAACCAAUCAAUGCACACAUUGUGGGAUAACAAAAUCCCCACAAUGGAGGAAGGGACCUAUGAGGCGAGGCCUUUGUAAUACUUAUGGGAUUCGAUACAAUUAUGAUCGUCUCUUUCCAGAAGAUCGCCCGACAGCAAGUCAUAUAAAGGAAAAAAGCUUGCAGCAACCUGAAGAUGCCAAACGACAUCAAAAGACAACCAAAGAAAAAGAAACUGUCGCAGCUAUCAGGUGCCACGGUAAUGAAGGAAAAAAGCUUGCAGCAACCGGUAAGAACCAAGAACUGCACACAUUGUGA